UAUAUAAAUAUAUGUAUACAAAAUACAAAACAAAAAAGAUCUCCCGCUAAUAACAUAAACGCGCGCGUAACUACAACAACAACAACAACAAAGUAUACCAGAAACAACAACAAAUUAAAUACAUAAAUCUAAGCAAAGAAUGUAAAAAAUCUAAAGCAAAGAUUUUAACAAAUGUGCCUGUGUUAAAACCGAAAAUAUAAAAAAAAAUAAAAGUAAAAAGAAGAAGAAGCAGAAGAAGCGAGUAGUAGAAGCAUAAAGUGCAAAGCAGCUAAGAACAACGUAGAAGAGGAAAAGAGAGAGGGAGAGAUAGAAAUUCUAAUAAUAUUUUUGUGAGUGUCAAGCAUAAAGUAAAAAAAACACAACUCGAGCGCAGCAAGCGUAGCAGGAGGCCCCAACACGUAUAGCCAGAGUCACACAGAUCCAGAGAUCAGCCGAGAUCUACGUCUGUGAGGACGACGAGGCCGAGGACGAGGACGAGGACGCAAGGGACGCGGACCCCUCGUUUUGUGUUGAGCCGCCAACUGUCGUCUGUACACCACUAAAAGUGGCACAAAUCGGGUUAGACGUCGCUCCCAGAGCAUUAAUGGCUCAGCCUAGGUAUGACGAUGGCCUGCAUGGCUACGGCAUGGACUCUGGCGCCGCAGCCGCGGCGAUGUAUGAUCCACAUGUCGGCCAUCGGCCGCCGGGACUGCAAGGCCUCCCCUCGCACCACUCACCGCACAUGACGCACGCCGCGGCAGCGGCCACAGUUGGGAUGCACGGCUACCAUUCGGGGGCCGGAGCGCAUGGUACACCUAGUCAUGUAUCACCGGUUGCUAAUCACCUAAUGGGCGCAAUACCCGAGGUACACAAACGUGAUAAGGAUGCGAUUUAUGAACAUCCGCUAUUCCCGCUCUUAGCGCUCAUAUUCGAGAAAUGCGAAUUGGCCACAUGUACGCCGCGAGAGCCUGGCGUGCAAGGUGGCGAUGUUUGUUCGUCGGAAUCGUUUAACGAGGAUAUUGCAAUGUUCAGUAAACAGAUAAGAUCACAGAAACCCUACUAUACCGCAGAUCCCGAAGUCGAUUCACUGAUGGUGCAGGCAAUACAAGUGCUUCGGUUUCACCUUUUAGAGUUAGAAAAAGUGCAUGAACUAUGCGAUAAUUUCUGUCAUCGAUAUAUCUCAUGCUUAAAGGGUAAAAUGCCAAUAGAUUUAGUGAUUGACGAACGGGACACCACCAAACCACCAGAAUUAGGUUCAGCAAAUGGUGAAGGAAGAAGUAAUGCCGAUUCAACAUCGCACACCGAUGGAGCUAGUACACCAGACGUUCGGCCGCCCAGCUCAUCGCUGUCCUAUGGGGGCGCAAUGAACGAUGAUGCUCGCUCGCCGGGCGCUGGUAGUACACCUGGUCCAUUAUCACAGCAGCCACCUGUCUUAGAUACAUCAGACCCUGAUGGUAAGUUCUUAUCAUCACUCAAUCCUUCAGAACUAACAUACGAUGGACGAUGGUGUCGAAGAGAAUGGUCCUCACCUGCCGAUGCUCGCAACGCAGACGCCUCCCGGCGAUUGUAUUCCUCAGUCUUCCUUGGCAGUCCUGACAAUUUCGGAACGAGUGCAAGCGGUGAUGCCAGCAACGCCAGCAUAGGCAGCGGCGAGGGCACCGGCGAGGAGGACGACGAUGCGAGCGGCAAAAAGAACCAAAAGAAGCGUGGCAUUUUCCCAAAAGUAGCAACAAACAUAUUGAGAGCGUGGCUGUUUCAGCACUUAACGAGCAGCAACACAGCUCGCCCCCAACAUCUUAUCGCAAUCUGCAGUUACAUUCGCUUACCCAACCCAACUCUUGUUGUUUUAGUCUGUGAUAAGGUCUUAGCAGAGCCAUAUUUGGUUUUGGCCACUUUGAUAAGAUUAGUUUGCCCAAUAGCUGCUUUGGCAGUGGGCGUGGCUACGCGAGCUGAUGUAAACGUUAAUUGAAGGCGGUUCAAUGCAAAUGUGUUGACGAAACCCAGCAAGUCCCAACCAGAUUAGAUAAUGAGAUGUGCCAAGUAGAAAUUGAUGAUCUGCCCGGCAACGCCCUCGACGUGCACUAACGGCACUCAACUGCGCAGUAAAAGCAAAAUUUAUAAAGUCAUUCAGCUGCUUAUCAAAGGCAUUGAAAAUGGACUAAACAAAUCCCACGACCGUAACAACCAUUUAGGCCAGGUUUCCAGUUGGGUUAUGCAGUCCAUAGAAUGGCUUAUGGCUUGCUCAACGCGUCCAAUUAGAUUUCCAUUUGAGCCAUCAAAGGGCUCAGCAAAUGGUAAAUGGUAUUCGGACUGUCCCAAACGAUGCGAUACUAAAAGCAAAUUGCCACGGCCAAAACUAUUCAGCAGAAACCUGACCAGCCAAAUCAAAGUUCAGAGCGGAAAGUCCAGCCAGCCGGAUGUGUAAUACAAAUAAACAGAUUUGUUAUGCGCCACUUUAUGUUAAGCAGCAGCAGUAUCAGGAUUCAGGAUACGCAAAAGAAUUUCAGCUGCGUGUAAGGGUUGCACGGGAGCCAAAAAAAAAAACACAGCCAGAGAAAAAAGAACAAACAGAACUAUAAGAUUUUAUGCGCUACGGUCAAGCGGCUGUUAAGGAAGUUCAAACUGCUGCGCUACAGUUUUGGCCAUUAGCCACAUUCGCCCUUCGCUUUGCGGUUGCUGCGUAUGUAAAAUGAUAAAAAUCUUAAUGGAAUUUUGUAAAAGUGUGCAUGCGUGUGUGU